AGGGCAGGGACGGGCGGAGGGGCAGACGACGGAGGCGGGGAGGCAGGGGACAAGGGACCGCGGGACGGACCGAGGCUGGCUGGCUCAGGGUGGGACUGACAGAGUGACAGAGCAACGGACAGGUGGAAGCAGUUAGACAGCUUGAGACAGGGAGACUGGAACGCAGGGAGAGGGAGAGACAGAAGGAAAGAGAGAGAGAGUGUGUGUGUGUGAGAGAGAGAAGCACUCGCGUGCUCCCUUCCUUCCAGAAACCCUCCUCUGUCCGAGGGAAGCGACCGGGGCACUGCUUGGGAGAGAGAGAGAGAUGCGGGCACAGAAGACGGAAAGAGGGACCCUGCAUUGCUAGGAGGACCGAGAGACGCGGAGGGACGGACAGAUCGACUUGUGCACGGACUGACAGCCAACGAGAGGGGCAGCUCGGAGAGCAGAGCGCAGGAAAGCUAGAAUCCCGCGCUGACCUGCGAGGCUGAGCGACAGACGGUCAGACAGACAGACGUGCAGAGGUACAGACUGGCAGACAGGAGGCGGGGGCACGUUCACUCCCUGCAGCCAGCCGGGCAGAGAAGGCGGCGACGGCGGCGCCCCCUGAGCGCGUCCGGAGCUGCGACAAGCAGCAGGGGCAGCAGGGUCGCCAGCAGAAGCCACCGCCGUCGCCGCAGCCUUAGCCACCACAGCCGUGCGAGGAGCUCAGCGGACGCUGCAGAAAGCCCGUUUUACUAGCAGUUAAAUAAAUCGACCAAAAAAAAAAAAAACAAAAAAACAAAAAAAGCCAAGCCAAACCAAACAAAUCCAGCCAAAUCAAUCAUUGAGAAACUAUAAUAUUAAUAAAAGCAAAAAACUAAAUCAAAUCAAUCAAGGCACCAAGACGCUGGGGGGAUAUCCACUGUUCGGUCAAGGUUGACGAUGUGUCAAACUGUGUAAGGGAAUCGCAUGGAGAUGGGCGUUCCGAACUGUUGAUGGGGACAUGGGACUCCAGUCUUCUCUGAUCACUUGUGUGGAUUUUCCCGGUGCAGAACGACAGAAGCCGCUAGGCAUCAAACCUCAUUAUUUUAAUUUUGCAUCUGGGAGAAUGUCUGAGCAAGGAGACCUGAGUCAGGCGAUAGUGGAGCAAGGCGGGCCUGAGCAGGAGACGGCCACUCCAGAGAAUGGCAUCGUUAAAUCGGAGAGUCUGGAUGAAGAGGAGAAGCUGGAACUGCAGAGGCAGCUGGCAGCUCAGAACCAAGAGAGAAGAAAAUCCAAGUCAGGAGCAGGAAAAGGUAAAUUGACCCGCAGUCUUGCUGUCUGUGAAGAAUCCUCAGCCAGACCAGGAGGGGAAAGUCUCCAGGAUCAGGAAUCAAUUCAUUUACAGCUUUCCAGUUUCCCCAGCCUGCAAGAGGAUGAUAAAUCUAGGAAAGAUGACUCUGAAAGAGAAAAAGAAAAGGAUAAAAACAAAGAUAAAACCUCUGAAAAACCCAAGAUCAGAAUGUUAUCAAAAGAUUGCAGCCAAGAAUAUACGGAUUCUACAGGCAUAGACUUACACGAGUUUCUGAUUAACACGUUAAAGAAUAAUUCCAGGGACAGGAUGAUACUCUUGAAAAUGGAGCAGGAAAUUAUUGAUUUCAUUGAUGACGACAAUAAUCAUUAUAAAAAGUUCCCUCAGAUGUCAUCCUAUCAGAGGAUGCUUGUCCAUCGAGUGGCAGCUUACUUUGGGUUAGAUCACAAUGUGGAUCAAACAGGGAAAUCUGUUAUCAUUAACAAGACCAGCAGCACGAGAAUACCAGAGCAAAGGUUUUGUGAACAUUUAAAAGAUGAAAAAGGUGAAGAAUCCCAGAAGCGGUUUAUCUUGAAGCGAGAUAACUCUAGUAUUGAUAAAGAAGACAAUCAGCAAAACAGAAUGCAUCCAUUUAGAGAUGACAGACGAAGUAAAUCAAUUGAAGAGAGAGAAGAGGAAUAUCAGAGAGUGAGGGAGAGAAUAUUUGCACACGAUUCAGUUUGCUCCCAGGAAAGCCUUUUUGUGGAAAACAGUAGGCUCUUGGAAGACAAUAACAUAUGCAAUGAGACCUAUAAGAAAAGACAGCUCUUUCGGGGCAACAGAGAUGGCUCAGGGAGAACAUCUGGGAGUCGGCAGAGCAGCUCAGAGAAUGAACUCAAGUGGUCCGACCACCAAAGGGCCUGGAGCAGCACAGACUCUGAUAGCUCCAACCGCAAUCUCAAGCCUGCCAUGACCAAGACGGCGAGUUUUGGGGGCAUCACGGUGCUGACCAGGGGUGACAGCACGUCCAGUACCAGGAGUACCGGGAAGCUGUCCAAAGCAGGUUCUGAGUCUUCCAGCAGUGCAGGCUCCUCAGGAUCGCUGUCCCGUACCCAUGCACCUCUCCAGAGUGCACCCCUGGUCUCGAGUGUGGCAGCAAGUUCUCCCGGCUGUGUGCCCUAUCCGGAGAAUGGAAUGGGGGGCCAGGUUGCUCCCAGCAGCACCAGCUACAUCCUCCUUCCACUGGAAGCUGCAACAGGCAUCCCGCCUGGAAGCAUCCUUCUUAAUCCACAUACAGGCCAGCCCUUUGUGAAUCCCGAUGGAACCCCUGCAAUAUACAACCCCCCAGCAAGUCAGCAGCCCCUGCGAAGCACGAUGGUGGGGCAGUCCCAGCAGCAGCCACAGCAGCAGCCCUCUCCUCAGCCACAGCAGCAGGUCCAGCCACCACAGCCGCAAAUGGCAGGCACCCUGGUCACUCAGUCUGUCCAGGGGCUGCAGGCUUCCUCCCAGUCAGUGCAAUAUCCAGCAGUCUCUUUUCCUCCCCAGCAUCUCCUGCCUGUGUCUCCAACGCAGCAAUUCCCCCUGAGAGAUGAUGUGGCGACACAGUUCAGCCAGAUGAACCUGAGCCGGCAAUCCUCAGGAGAGACUCCUGAGCCCCCAUCUGGUCCUGUCUACCCGCCGUCCCUCAUACCACAGCCAACCCAACAGCCAAGCUAUGUCAUCGCCUCCACCAGCCAGCAGCUCCCUACAGGGGGGUUCUCAGGCUCUGGACCUCCCAUCUCCCAACAAGUCCUCCAGCCCCCUCCCUCACCACAAGGAUUUGUGCAACAGCCUCCACCUACACAGAUGCCCGUAUAUUAUUAUCCAUCUGGUCAGUACCCUACCUCAACCACGCAGCAGUACCGGCCCAUGGCCUCAGUUCAGUACAGUGCUCAGAGGGGUCAGCAGAUGCCGCAGGCAGCACAGCAAGCAGGUUAUCAGCCGGUCUUGUCUGCUCAACAGGGGUUCCAAGGCCUACUGGGAGUGCAGCAGCCGCCUCAGAGUCAGAGCGUGAUGAACAACCAACCAGGAACUCCGGUGCAAAGCGUGAUGGUCUCCUACCCAACAAUGUCUUCUUAUCAGGUGCCAAUGACCCAGGGUUCUCAAGGGCUGCCCCAGCAGUCAUACCAACAGCCAAUCAUGCUACCUAACCAGGCAGGUCAAGGGUCACUCCCAGCCACCGGAAUGCCUGUUUACUGUAAUGUCACACCGCCGACCCCUCAGAACAACCUUAGGCUGAUUGGCCCACACUGCCCCUCCAGCACUGUCCCCGUAAUGUCAGCUAGCUGCAGGACAAACUGUGCGAGUAUGAGCAACGCCGGGUGGCAGGUCAAAUUCUGAGCACUCUGGCUGUGGUACAUUUCUUCAGAUGUUACUCACGGCCUUUAAGGGAAGAGGAGCAAGGUGGGAAAACUGGCCGAGGACUUAAGUAUUCACUCAACACUCAAAUGAUUGCUGCUGGUAUUCUGUAAAAAAAA